CUUCGAAAGAGGGUAGUUUUAUCCCACGAGAAAUACAUAUCGCAUAAGUUCAUUUGUUUAAAGUGGCUUUAAGCUCCGAGCUCUACUCUAGAGACUAGAUAUGCUGCGCGCUCUAAUCCGUAACCGGGCGGCGCAUUCUGGUCAUGCCCGCCGCUUUCUCUACUCUGCAGCUGCUCCAUUAGGCAAGGAGACCGGCUUGUACGGGUUCGACCACUUGAGAACUCCCAAAGGUUUUCAACGCAUGGUCGAUGAUGCGAUUGAGCGGUCUAAUGAACUCGUCAAUUAUAUUGCUGGGAUGCCGUCAGCCCCGGAAAUUAUCAAGGCCAUGGAUGAGAUAUCUGAUACAGUUUGCACAGUUGUGGACUCUGCUGAGUUAUGCAGGCAUACACAUCCUGAUAGGGAAUUUGUUGAGGAGGCAAAUAAGGCAUCCUUGCGAAUAAAUGAAUAUCUACAUUUCCUUAACUCAAACACUAGUCUGUAUCAUGCUAUUAUAAAGGCUGAGCAAAAUCAUCAUAUGCUUACCGAAGAAGCUGCGAGGGCUGCCCGUCAUCUACGUAUCGACUUAGAGAAGGGUGGAAUUCAUCUAAGCCCCGAGAAGUUGGAUAGAGCUAAUCAGCUAAAUAUGAACAUUCUUCAGCUUUCCACAGAGGUAGUAGAGAGGAAAUGGGGCAUGAUAGUUGCUGCCAGAUUCAAUGAAAAUAUCAUCACCGACCCAGGUCAUGUGGACAUAUUUCCUGCAUCACGUAUCCCAAAAAGAUUGCAUCAUCUUACCAAGCCCAUUUACCGCCCUUCAUUUGAUUCAAAGAAGUCAACGGGUGUAAACAAUAACUCGAAAGAGAGAGGAUUACGUAUAAUGACAGUGCCUAGUACUCUUUGUUCUAUAUUGCAGUUGGCAUCUGAUGAUGAGGUUAGAAGGCUGGCUUACAUCAGGGGAAAUUCUGCCCCAGCUGCAAACCUGGUAGUCCUUGAUAAGCUUCUUUCGGCACGUCAUGAGUUUUCUGAGAUCAUGGGAUGUAAAUCUUAUGCUGAAUUUGCUCAGAAGGAAAACAUGGCGUCAUCACCUGAAGUUGUUCUAUCUUUCCUGCAUGACAUGAGUAAAAUGGCCAGACCUAAGGCUGAGGAGAUGUUCUCAUUACAGGAGUUUAAGAAAAUUUUGGAUUUCAAGAGAGCAACAAGUGGCCAAUCAGCUUCAGAAUUGGAGCCUUGGGACGAGCCAUAUUUCACCAGAAUGAUGAAAGCUUCUGCUCACAACUUGGAUUAUUCAGUUGUUGCAUCAUAUUUUUCCCUGCCACAAUGUAUCGAAGGGUUAAAAGUGCUCGCUGGGUCACUGUUUGGUGUAACAUUUCAUCAGAUCCCUCUUGGCCGUGGUGAAUCCUGGCAUCCAGAUGUGCUGAAAUUAUCUCUGCACCAUCCUGAUGAGGGGGACUUGGGGUGCCUAUACCUUGAUUUGAAAUCAAGAAAGAACAAGCAUCCUAUUUUUGCACAUUUUGCUAUCAAAGGGGGGCGCAGAAUCUCAGAGACAGAGUACCAGUUACCGAUUGUAGCACUUGUUUGCAAUUUUUCAGGAUCGAGUUCCCAACCUGUGCUUCUUCACCAUUCUGAUGUAGAAACUCUGUUUCACGAGUUUGGGCAUGCUCUUCACUCGUUGCUUUCAAGAACGGAUUAUCAACAUUUCUCAGGGACUAGGGUGGUGCUUGAUUUUGCUGAAACACCAUCAAACCUCUUCGAGUAUUACGCAUGGGAUUAUCGGUUUUUGAGGACAUUCGCUAAGCAUUAUUCAACAGGUGAUCCGAUUCCCGAAAACCUGGUAAAAUCUCUACAAGGUGCCAAGCAUAUGUUUUCUGCAACCGAAUUGCAACGCCAGAUCUUUUACUCAUUGAUCGACCAGACAUUGCACGCAUCACAACCAUCUUCGGUCAAUGAUGCGAUUUCGAUAAUCACUGAUUUGAAAAGAGAGCACACGUGUUGGAGGCACGUGGAAGGCACACACUGGCACACCCGAUUCAGUCAUCUUGUUAAUUACGGUGCAGGUUACUACAGCUACUUGUAUGCAAAAUGCUUUUCUGCAACAAUAUGGAAAAGGAUAUUCCAGGAGGACCCUAUGUCGCUAACAGCAGGAUCUGCUCUCAGGUCGAAAUUCUUGCAGCAUGGUGGAGCCAAAGACCCAACCACCGUACUCAAUGAUUUAGUCGGCAAUCGUGUGACAAAAAAACACAAAGGAGGAAUUAUUCCUGAUAUUACCUGCCUUGGGGAGGAGAUGAAACUAUUUGACUAGAGCUUGUUGUCCUAUUAACUUUGGAGACAAUCAAGAGUUAUGAAGAGCGAAAAAAGAAAAAGGUAAAUGAACGAGACUUCAUGGCACAUUUGCCGUCNCUCU